CCUAUGGAAACAGUGAAUAUUGAUGACUGGAAGUUAUUGUGUGACCAUUUUGAUGGCCCUGCUUUCAAGAAGCAAAGUGCAGCUAAUGUACAAAACAGAGCCAUGGUGCAAAAUCCUCAUACUACAGGUGCUAAGUCACAGAGUCAAAGAACAACAAGGAGGUGCAACAAGAUAGCACUGACAAUGAUGUGGAGCAGAACAACGCAGCAGAGGAAGAGCCACCAGAAUUGCGGGUGUAUUCUGACACACAUAAGAAGC